CGAUGUUGGUGUUGUGCUGGGUAUUACGAUUUCACAGCGCCAAAAAAAAAAAAAAAGAAGUGGUAUCCCGUGGCUGUGAGCGUGUCUGUAUCAACGGUAAUUAAAGCAUUAGGUGACGUGAGCGAGUGGCCGGGCUGUGAUUAGCUCACCAUGGAGAGGACAACUGUUAUUGACGUGCGGGGGAUGACCUGCCAGUCCUGUGUCCGUAACAUUGAAAUGAACAUCUCCCGACAGAAAGGGGUGAACAAGAUUCAGGUGAUCCUAGAGAAUAAGGAGGCAGUUGUAAACUAUAACCCAGAGGAGACCAGCCCAGAGAAAAUUGCUGAUUUGAUAGAUGACAUGGGCUUCCCUGCUAAUGUGAAACCUGGCAUCAGGGGUGCUCUGGCUGGUAAGCGAGAUAAUCCCCUCUCUGAAGCAACAGUUCUUAUAGAGGGCAUGACAUGCAUGUCCUGCGUGAGGAAUAUAGAGAAGAACAUCUCUGGUAAGCCAGGGAUUAUCUCCAUAUCUGUGUCAUUGGUGAACAAACGAGCCGAAGUUGUGUUUGAUCCUGACCAAACUAACCCUGCUGAGAUAGCAGAGUCCAUUGACGAUAUGGGGUUUGAGGCUAAACUACCAGAGGGAAAGAGUCAGCGCAUGUUGAUUGCGCAAAUCCAUGUGGAGGGAAUGACUUGUCAGUCUUGUGUUCGCAACAUUGAAUCUAACAUAGCUGACAAAGCUGGGGUACAGGAAAUCCGAGUGUCACUAAGCGACAAGGAGGCUUUUAUUCUGUAUGACCCUGAAGUCACUGACCUUGAAACGCUGAGGUCACAGAUAGAUGACAUGGGUUUUGAGGCAUCAUUGCCUUCUUGUGACGCCUUGGCAGAAGAGUUUGACAAGCUGGCUUCACGAUCUUCCACUGGAGCUGCUCCUCAAGACGAGUCCUGCCUGAUCGGGAUUCAGGGCAUGACUUGUCAGAGCUGUGUGCGAAACAUCGAGGGACACAUUGGGCUGAAACCUGGCAUCAAAAGCAUUGAGGUCAAUCUGGCCGGAAAAAAUGGCAAGGUCAAGUAUGACCCCAACAUCAUUGACCCAUCGGCCAUUGCUGAAGCCAUUGAUGACAUGGGAUUUGAGGCUAAGGUCCUACAGGGUAAAGUAUCCAAGAAUGCAUCCCAGGCGUCUGAACCCCAACUGUCAUCGGUUAAAAUCGGCAUCAAAGGAAUGACGUGUAACUCUUGUGUGAAGACCAUUGAGGGAAAGUUAUCUGAGCAUCCAGGCGUGAGCAGCAUUAAGGUUUCCCUGGCUGAGGAAACUGGCACCAUAGAGUACUGGCCCAACAAGGUCACCCCCAAGCAGCUGGAAGAGGCCAUAGAUGACAUGGGCUUUGAAGCUAAGGCUCCAGGUAAGGGCUCGGGUAGUACCCCUAGGUCCUUGAGAAGGUCGGUAUCUGAUGAAGACGUCUCUAGAGGUGAUCCUUGGGAACUGAAAAUGGACAACGGUAGAAACAGUGUGCGCUUCAACAAAGAGGUCAUGGAUGACAGUGACCUGGAGAAAUGUUUCCUGAGGGUGACGGGGAUGACAUGUGCGUCGUGUGUGGCGACAAUCGAGAAAAACCUGCUCAAAGUUGAAGGAAUCAAGAAUGUGCUGGUGGCAUUGAUGGCUCAGAAGGCUGAGGUUAAAUAUGACCCAGCCUACAUUCUACCCUCUCAGAUAGCCAACAAAAUCACAGGUCUGGGCUUCAAUGCCAAGGUGAUGGAGUCCGACACUCAAGGGCAGGCAACUGUGGAACUAAGCAUCACAGGAAUGACCUGUGCUUCGUGUGUGCAUCUGAUAGAGUCCAACAUGAAGAAGAAACCAGGCAUCGUCAUGGCUACCGUUGCCCUGGCAACCUGUCGUGGGAAAUUUACGUAUGACACUGAAGCCACAGGACCAAGGACAAUUAUAGAAGAUGUUAAGGCUUUAGGUUUUGAUGCAACACUGCUAACAGAUGGAGACAAACAAAAGGACAUGUUGGACCACAGAGAUGAAAUCAAAAGAUGGCGAUCUUCAUUCCUGUGGUCUCUAACAUUUGGCGUACCAGCCAUUGCCAUCAUGAUGUACUUCAUGUUUGCUAGACCAGAAAAUUCCGAGGAUUUCAUUGGCGAGCACAGCAACAAGACGGUGUAUAGAUCCAACUCCAGUGUGGCGAUAAGAGAUGGCCAUUAUCAGAUCAUGAUCAUCCCGGGUCUCUCUCUGGAGAACUUGCUCAUGUUUAUACUGGCCACACCUGUACAGUUUAUUGGUGGCCGAUACUUUUACAUCCAGGCGUACAAAGCGCUGAAACAUCAUAGCACAAACAUGGAUGUUCUGGUUGUCCUGGCAACAACCAUCUCCUAUCUUUAUUCUGUGGGUGUUACCAUAGCAGCCAUGAUCAUUGAGGAACCAGUCAGCCCUGUCACUUUCUUUGAGACCACACCCAUGUUGUUGGUGUUUAUCUCCCUUGGAAGAUGGCUCGAACACAUUGCUAAGGGCAAGACAUCUGAGGCUCUGGCCACCCUGAUGUCCCUCCAGCCCCCAGAGGCUGUCAUAGUGGAGGUGGACAAAGAGUGGAACAUCCUGAGGGAGGAGGUUCUUAGUGUGGACCUGGUACAGAGAGGGGACAUUCUUAAGGUGGUUCCUGGAGCUAAGAUACCUGUGGAUGCUAAAGUCAUUGAGGGGACAUCUAUGUGUGACGAGUCCCUCAUUACUGGGGAGUCCAUGCCGGUGAACAAAAAGCCAGGCUCUUCUGUGAUAGGAGGCUCGAUUAACCAGAACGGCACUCUGCUGAUAGAGGCCACACAUGUUGGAGCAGAUACCACCCUGUCUCAGAUUGUCAAGCUGGUGGAGGAGGCACAGACGUCCAAGGCCCCAAUCCAGCAACUGGCUGAUGUGAUAGCAGGCUUCUUUGUGCCUAUCGUCUUUGGACUGUCAACGCUCACCCUGAUCAGCUGGCUGAUAGUCGGCUACAGCAAUGUCCGCAUUAUCGAUCCUGACUUCAGUGAGGAUGGCCCUAUCACACAACACGAAGUAAUCUUCCAGAAAGCUUUCCAGUAUGCUAUCACAGUACUCAGUAUAGCCUGUCCCUGUGCCCUGGGGUUGGCCACACCUACUGCCGUCAUGGUGGGCACUGGAGUUGGAGCAACUAAUGGCAUCCUCAUCAAGGGGGGAGAACCUCUGGAAACAACUCACAAGGUGCAGAGUGUUGUGUUUGACAAGACUGGUACCGUAACUCACGGUGUCCCACGUGUGGCUCGCAUUGCGUCGUUUGUGGACGAGUCAGAGUUCCCUUUUGCUAAACUGCUGGCAAUAGCGGGCACGGCUGAGAACAGCAGUGAACACCCAAUCGCUUCCGCCAUUGUCAAGUAUGCAAAGGAGACCCUGAAGGCAGAGACGCUAGGUAAGGUGACUGACUUUCAGGCAGUACCAGGCUGUGGGCUGAAGUGUAAGGUGAGCCAGGUGGAGCUGUUGGUGGCCGAACUGGACCAGGAUGAGCUGAACAACCGGCGUAACUGGGCCGGCAGUGUUCGCGUCACUGUCGACACUCUACCUGUGGACACCAUCAGGGACCAGACCAUGAGGAUUGAAGACAUUCCAAUGAAAGUGCUGGGAGCAGCAUCCUCCCAGAUAUACGAGGUUUUAAUCGGGAACCGUGAGUGGAUGCACCGUAAUGGCCUGGUGCUGACAGACAUGAUGGAGAACACCAUGGGUCAUCAUGAGGAGAAGGGACACACAGCUGUGCUCUGUGCCAUCGAUGGUGUGAUCAUGGCUAUGCUGGCUGUUGCUGAUACUGUGAAGGCAGAGGCUCAUCUGGCCGUCCACACCCUCAAGGAGAUGGGUCUACAGGUGAUCUUACUUACCGGGGACAACCAGAAGACGGCCAGGGUCAUUGCUAAACAGGUGGGUAUAAAGAAGGUGUUUGCUGAGGUGCUGCCCUCCCACAAGGUAAAGAAGGUGAAGGAGCUUCAGAAGGCAGGGCGAGUAGUGGCUAUGGUGGGAGACGGGGUGAACGAUUCUCCUGCCUUAGCUCAGGCAGAUGUGGGCAUUGCCAUAGGAACUGGGACAGAUGUGGCUGUGGAGGCAGCUGAUAUUGUCCUCAUCAAGAAUGACCUGUUGGAUGUGGUAGCUGCCAUAAAGUUGUCCAAGGCUACAGUACGUAGGAUUCGCCUGAAUUUCUUUGCGGCCAUCAUCUACAAUGCUCUAGGAAUACCCAUUGGAGCAGGUGUUUUCAUGCCCCUGGGCCUGUCCCUCAAGCCCUGGAUGGCAUCUGCAGCUAUGGCAGCUUCCUCCGUCUCUGUUGUGGUCUCCUCACUCCUCCUCAAAACGUUCCGUAAGCCCACUCGGGACAAAAUGCUGAAUCAGGAGUAUUACAAGAAAUUCUAUGAAGAACAGGAUGAGAGCAUGGACAACAUUUCCAUGCACCGUGGCGUGGAAGAUGAGACUCCCAGCCCCAAGGGAAGUAAGCAGGGCAGUAUCCUGUCACGUCUGAGUGGGCGAAACAAGAAAUCAGGUCCAGACCAUACCAGUCUGCUAGAGGGUGAUAUGGAGAUGGAGAUAGUCUAAACAAAGGGCAGACAACUUUGAAGUACAGCUUAAAAACAAAUGUGCUAGUAGUAUAUCAUAUCUAUUCAUUGAUAUUUUUUUCCACCUGUUUAAACACGUCUUUUUCGCUCAAUUAAUAUGAUAUUGCCAUUCUUGUAUAACAAGAAACUUAUGGAUGUUUGAUUUUGCAAAUACAUGCACAUGCAUAAAACAAACAUGAUCAAAAAAUAAUGUUUCAAUUGAAUUUGUCUCUAUUUCACUAAAUGUUUAUUUUAUCAAAGAAAUCCAUUUUGUUUAAGCUAAAAAAUGUGUUUUAAGAUAUUAGUUUUUAAGCCAUGGAGAUGUAUGAAGUAUGAAAAUUUACUGAAAAAUGCAGGGGAGCCAAAAAUAUUGUAACUGUAUGAGGGGUAGCAGAGCAAAUAUUUGAACAGUAACCAGAGUGGUAUUUUAAGUACCUCUUCAACAACUGUCAGGUGAAUUUAUCAUUAAUUAUGAUGACUGAAAAGUUCUGAGGUUUUAUGAGUUUAUUUAUGAACAUGCAUAAACUUGAAGUUUGGUAGCUAUUGCCAUAUUGCUUAUGUCUUUUAC